AUGACUACCCAACUGAAAGUAAAGAAAACUACUUGUUGUGAUGAUGGGUAUUUCAUUAGCAGCACUACAACUCAAUGCACAAAAUGCCCUGAUGAAAAUUGCAAACAAUGUACAGACAGUGGAAGUGGGAACACUUGCAUUCAAUGCUCCAAUCUUUUAACUGUUACAGAUACUUUGAAAAUAAAGAAAACAUCAUGCUGCGACGCUAAAAACUUUGUUAGUGACAAGCAUUCUUCAUGCACCGCCUGUAAAGACUCAAACUGUCAAUACUGUGAGGAUAGUGGAGACGGAGACAAUUGUCUUCAGUGCUCAAAGACCUUCUCUUUCUCAGAUAAACUUCAAGUAAAGAAAACAUCAUGCUGUCAAGAAGGAAAUUUUGUAAGCAGCUCUCAAACGACUUGUGCAAACUGCCCUGACUCAAAUUGCAAAUUCUGUGAAGACAGUGGAACUGGGACAAACUGUCUCCAAUGCCAAAGCACCUUAUCCUUAGCGAAUAAGCUGAAAAUUAAAAAGACCUCUUGCUGUGACGAAGGAUUUUAUGUUAGUAGUAGCCAGCUUACAUGUGCAGCCUGUGCUAGCCCGAAUUGCAAUUACUGUGAAGACAGUGGAAGUGGGAAUACUUGCCUUCAAUGCUCUAAUCUUUUAACUGUGGCAGAUACUUUGAAGAUUAAGAAAACAACAUGCUGUGAUGAAGGAAAGUACAUUACCGGUACUAAAACCCAAUGUGAAAAUUGUGCUGAUUCAAAUUGCAAAUUCUGCGAAGACAGUGGAACUGGAACAACUUGUCUUCAAUGCAAGAAGACCUUAUCCUUCACAGACGCACUUCAAGUAAAGAAAACAUCAUGCUGUCAAGAAGGAAAAUUCAUAAGCGGUUCUCAAACGACUUGUGCAAGCUGCCCUGACUCAAAUUGCAAAUUCUGUGAAGACAGUGGAACUGGGACAAACUGUCUCCAAUGCCAAAACACCUUAUCCUUAGCGUAUAAGGUGAAAAUUAAAAAGACCUCUUGCUGUGACAAAGGAUAUUAUGUUAGUAGUAGUCAACUUACAUGUGCAGCCUGUGCUAGCCCGAAUUGCAAUUACUGUGAAGACAGUGGAAGUGGGGAUACUUGCCUUCAAUGCUCUAAUCUCUUAACGAUGACUCCCCAACUGAAAGUAAAGAAAACAACUUGCUGUCUUGAUGGGUAUUUCAUUAGCAGCACUACCACUGAAUGCACAAAAUGCCCUGAUACUAAUUGCAAUAUCUGCGAGGACAGUGGAGCUGGUUCAAGUUGUCUCCAAUGCGCUAAAACUUUAUCAAUUUCAGAUACUUUGAAUAUUAAGAAAACCACUUGUUGCAAUGAAGGAAAAUUUGUAAGCGCUACUCAUUUACAAUGCUCAAACUGUGCUGAUUCAAAUUGCAAAUACUGUGAAGAUAGCGGAGAAGGUACAGUUUGCAAUCAAUGCAAAAAGACAUUUAGCUUUACAGAUACUUUGGAGAUAAAGAAAACAUCAUGCUGUAGUGAAGGAAAAUUUGUUAGCGAUGCUCACACUGCAUGUAUAGCUUGUGACAGCCCAAAUUGCAAAUACUGUGAAGAUAGUGGAGACGGGGAAAAAUGUCUUCAAUGCUCUAAUCUCUUAAGCUUUAGCAACACUCUCAAAAUAAAGAAAACGACUUGCUGCCCAGAUGGACAAUAUGUUAGUAGCACUCAAGCAACCUGCGCGCCAUGUGCUGACAAUAAAUGCAGCAUUUGUGAGGAUAGUGGAUCUGGCACAACUUGUCUUAAAUGCUCUGGAAUUUUAACUGUUUCUGACACUUUGAAUAUAAAGAAAACGACUUGCUGUGAAGAUGGGAAAUUUGUUAGCGGCACUAAUCCUGCAUGCACUAACUGCUUUGACAGCAACUGCAAGAUCUGUGAAGAUAGCGGGGAUGGAAAAGUUUGUCUUGACUGUGCUAAAAAGCUUAAAUUUACAGACACCCUCAAUAUCAAAAAGACCACAUGCUGCACUUUAACUACUUACCUAAAUGGAGGUAAAUGUGACCCUUGCCCUAGCAAAUGUGAUGCCUGUGAAGAUGUGACCGGUGAAUGUAUAACAUGUUCAGAAAAAGUCAAGUUCACUGGCUCCUUAAUCCACCCUUCUCCCCGUGACGAACAAAUAACUUGUUCGCUAACACGGAGGAGGUUUUAUUUUUUAAGAACUAAUGUUAAAAAUUUUAGAGUAUUUUUCUAUCGAAAUUCAUAAAAAUCAUAAAAUUCAAAUAGAUUUGAUUUGUAAAAAUUUAUAAUUAAUUGAAAUUCAACUUUAUUUUAUAAUAAUUAAAAAUAUACAUAUAAUAAUUUUAUAAAAAGUUUUUAUACUAAAACAAUUUUUAUUCACUUACGGAAGCAGCUUUUAACCAAAAUAGGGAUUUUUCCAAUAGGUAUAUUCGCUUUAAAAUGGGGGAGUUAGUGAAGCCAUCAUCAUGCUGCGUAGAUGGAACUUAUUAUAGCGGUGGCACUUGUGUGUCCUGUGAUGAAACUUGUGCUACCUGCGAUAAAGAUACUGGAAAAUGCCUUACUUGUCUGGAUAAGAUGGAAAGAGACUCAGAUAGCGAUGACAUGAAAUGCAAGUGUAUAGGUGACCAAACUCAGUCAGGGAAAGUCUGCUCAUGCCCAAUUGGGAAGUUUUUCAAUGGACAAGUAUGCUCAGUCUGUGGCCAUUUCUGCGACACUUGCACCUUGGAUAGUGUCACUUGCAAAACUUGCAUUGAUCAAUCAAGAAUGAUGCUGAAUACCGAUAAGCCUGCUGAAUGCAAGUGCAAAGGAAAUAAUCAACAAGAAAAAGCAAAUGGAUCCGGCUGCAUCUGUAAAACCCCAGACACUUAUUUCAAAAAUGAUGACUGUAUUUCUUGCGGCGUGAACUGUUUAAUUUGUGACGAUACUGGAGGUUGCACAUCUUGUGUGAAAAAUGUAGCGCUAAAAGGUAGCUUAACUGAUCCAGCUUUAUGCUGCGCAUCAGGGAAUUAUUAUGACUCAAUGCAACAAGAUGAUUAAAGUGAUUUAGCACGGAGGGAUAUCAAAGCCUCCCUUUUAGUUCUAAUUGACGACACUCUCAACGAUCUUGAACGGGGAAUUCACAUAGUAGCCAGGCAUCCUUCACUUUGCAGACCUCUUUUCAAACUAUAAAGAUGCCCUCCCAGAUGUACCAAGCAGUAAACCCCUAUCUUCAUUUUUAUAUAAGCUAGCUGUAUUACCUGUAUAAUAAGCCGUUUUGAUAUUGUGGAAUAAAGUUUUUAUAGGAAAUAGACCUAUAAUAAAAUUCUCAUAAAAGCUUUCAAGAGAGAGCUCCCUCUUUGAUCGCCAUUUAAUUAUUAUGACUCAGUAAAUCUACGUUGUAUUCCUUGUGAGGAAAAUUGUGCUACCUGUGAUGCCCACACUGGAGUAUGUGCUACUUGCAAGAAAUCGAAGAUGGAGGUGGACCCAACAAAUACCAAAACUUGCCACUGCAUCGGAGACCAAGCAUUAGUUGGAGGAGAAUGCACAUGCUCACAAGGAUUAUUUUUUAAUGGGCAAACAUGCUCAUCUUGUGGCACUUUCUGCAAAACUUGUGAGGACAAUACCGGUAAAUGCUCGGCCUGUAUUGACAGUGACAGAAUGAAUUUAAGCACUACCAAUAAUAAAGUAUGCGAAUGCAAAGGAGUCAAUCAAACACCAACAGCCACCAGCUGCACCUGCGCUGCAGGCAAAUAUUUCAGCAAUGGCGACUGUGUAAAUUGUGAUAGCACUUGUCCUGACUGUGAUGCUAUCACUGGAAAUUGCAAGACUUGCGUUGAUACUUCUUCAAGAAUGGCAGUCUCUCAGUCUGACUCAAAGAAAUGUCAAUGUCUCGGAUCGCAACAGCUUGUCUCCAAUCAAUGUUCUUGUGCCUCAGGCUCUUAUUAUGCAGGCAGCACGUGUGAGACAUGCGGUGACAACUGUCAAAUCUGUGCCGAUCUCUCAGGACAAUGUAGCUCCUGCAAAUCUUCAAGAAUGAUUUUUGACUCAAAUGACUCAAAGAAAUGCGUCUGCAAAGCUGGCCAACAUCUAGUAGGGUCUGACUGUGUUUGUGAUGAAGGGACUUAUUAUGACACAAACAAUAAAGUUUGCAUACCAUGUGAGUCUAGAUGUGCCACCUGCUCUGACGAUGGAACUUGCAUUACUUGCAAAGAGGGCAGAAAAAUGGAUUUAGACGCAAAUCUGCCAAAGACUUGCAAAUGCAAAUCAGAUCAAACUACUGGACUUGAUUGUUCUUGUGCUACUGGAAGCUACUUUGAUACUUCAAUUUCUAAUUGCAAAUCAUGCGAAACCAACUGUUUAGCUUGUUUAGACUUCACUGGCGAUUGUACAUCUUGCAAAAAGAAUAUAGCUUUUACAGGAGAUCUGAUUGACCCAGCGACUUGCUGCCUAACAGGAACUUACUAUAGUAACGGAGGCUGUGUACCCUGUUCAGAUAAAUGUGCAGAAUGCGACAUACAUACUGGGAAGUGUACUAAAUGCAAGGAGGAAAGCAAAAUGAUAUUUGAUGAUACUGAUGAGAAAAAAUGUAAAUGCGCAGGUGACCAACUGUAUGUUUCAGAAAAAUGCACAUGCCCUGACAAUCAAAAGUUUAACGGAUUAGUGUGCUCCACUUGUGGCACUUUUUGCAAAGUCUGUGCAGAUACAACUUUGAUUUGCACCGAAUGUCUUGAUAGCUCAAGAAUGCAAUUUGGUGCAUCAGAUAAUAAAAUCUGUGAGUGUAAAGGAUCAAGCCAAACUACAACUGCAACUGGCUGUGAAUGUGCUGUUGGAAAAUACUUUACAAACAACGGCUGCGCUCCAUGUGGGUCACUUUGUGCAGCCUGUGCAGAUACCACUGGAAUUUGCAGCUCUUGCAAAGAUAUCACUAUGACAAAAAGUGAUGAUAAUUUAAGUUGCAAAUGUAAACCAGGUCUUCAGCUCGAUGAACAAGCAGGCACUUGUAAAUGCUCUUCAGGCUACUACUUCGAUAGUAACACCUGCCAGCCUUGCGGAACUCACUGUUCUGUUUGCGACUCAACUAGAUGCUCUGUGUGUGAUAGUAUCAGCCAUCUUAUUGUUGAUCCAUCAAACCGCAACAAUUGUAUUUGUGAAAGCAGCUAUUAUUGGAUUGUAGCAAAUAAUGACUGUGAGCAAUGCGCUGAAGGAACUUAUUAUGACGGAAGCAAAUGCUCUAGCUGUUCCACUAACUGUAAAGCCUGCGAUAAUUUCACUGGGAAAUGCAAUACUUGUGCUGGCGGAGAUAGAAUGGAAUUUGAUCCUACGGAUGACAAAGCUUGCAGAUGCAAAGGAAAUCAAAUUCUUAGCGGGCUGACUUGCUCUUGCAGCUCAGGAUCUUACUUUGAUAGCCUUACUUGCUCUCCAUGCUCUGAAUUAUGCGCUGUCUGCACAGAUUUGACUGGAGAGUGCACAAAAUGCAACGAUGAAGCUUUAAUGACUAUCGACUCACAAAACAAUAAAAACUGCAAAUGCAAGUUUUCUGACCUAACAGCUGUAUCAGGCCAGUGUGUCUGCACUGGAGGCAAGCAAUGGAAUGGAUCUGAAUGCUCUAGUUGUGGAAACUUCUGUAAAACUUGUAAUGUAGUAAGCAAUGUCUGCACUGAGUGUACAGACAGCGCAAGAAUGGACCCGGUAAGCAGCAGUGUUACUUGUAAAUGCAAAACUAGCUUUAUAACCUCGGCAGCUGGCUGCACUUGUGCUGCAAGCUCUUACUAUGACAACUCAGCAUGUUUUACUUGUGGAGAUUUAUGCUCUACCUGUGCAGAUAUUUCGGGCGAUUGUACUGCUUGCAAAGACAGCACUAUGGAAUUCCAUCCUACUAAUAAGAAAAUCUGUAGAUGCAAAGGAACUCAGCAGUAUAGCACCGUGCUAAGCACUUGUACAUGCCCAAUUGGAUAUUUCGACGGCUCUACUUGUCAGAGCUGCACAACUCUUUGUUUAACUUGUGAUUCAACUAAGUGUUUAACUUGUCAAAAUAUUCUCCAUCUUGUGGUUGACACCCAAAACCCUAACUUUUAUCUGUGAGUAAGCAAAAAAAACACGAGAAAAAUCUCUAUUUUUUGGUAAAAGAAAUAAUAGGAAAAUUAAAAAUAUUAUUAUUUUUGUGAAUUGGGAUUAUUUUGGAUGCAAAAAAAUUGUAAAAAAAUACUCCAUGAGUGGGAAAAUUGUUUUAGCUUACUGAUGUGGGAGAGUAAAGAUUGCGUCUGCGCUAGCGGCUACAAUUGGAUUACAGCAAGCGGCAGUUGUGAGCAAUGCUCUGUUGGAACUUACUACGAUGGCAACAAAUGUGCUAGCUGCUCAGCUAUGUGUGCUACUUGCUCUGGGCUGACUGGCACUUGUGAUACUUGUAAAGACACCGCUAGGAUGGCUCUUAGUGGAACCACAUGCAUUUGUAAAGGAAAUCAAAAGUUAACCGGAUCUACAUGCUCUUGUGAUGCAGGAUACUACUUUGAUGGCUCGACAUGUCUUAAAUGUUCAAGCUUAUGCAGUGCUUGUAAAGAUUAUACCGGAGUAUGCACAACAUGUAAGGAUUCGAAAAUGACAUUCGAUUCAAACGACAACAAAAACUGUAAAUGUAUUGGAGAUCAGAUUCUUAGCGGGGAGACUUGCACCUGUCCUAGCAACCAACAAUUCAACGGAAAUGGGUGUUCUACUUGCGGUGAAUUCUGUAGUACUUGUGAUGUUAAUAAUAUUGUCUGCAGCACUUGUAUAGAUGGAAAUAAGAUGUCACCUGUGAGUGGUACUGUAACUUGUGCCUGCAAAGGAAAUCAACUUAAAGCAAACGCCGGCUGUACUUGCCCGUCAGGCUCUUACUUUGAUAGCUCAACUUGCUCAACUUGCGGUGAUUUAUGCACUACAUGCACAGAUACAACUGGUGUCUGCACUGUCUGUAAAAGUGAUAAAAUGGAAGUUAACCCUACUAAUCAAAAAGUUUGUAGAUGCAAAGGAACUCAACAGUACAAUACCAUAACAUCCUCUUGCUACUGUCCUACUGGAUACUACGAUGGCUCGACUUGUCAGAGUUGCACAACUCUUUGCUCAACCUGUGACUCGACUAAAUGUUUAACUUGUCAAGCUAUUGCCAACCUUAUAGUAGACCCUCAAAACCCAACUAACUGUGCCUGUGCGAGCGGUUACAAUUGGAUUACAGCAGCGGGCAGUUGCGAUAAAUGCUCUGAUGGAACUUAUUACGAUGGCAGCAAGUGUGUUAGCUGCGCUGCUACAUGUGCUACUUGCUCUGGGCAGAUUGGCACUUGCAAUACUUGCAAAGACGCUGCUAGGAUGAAUCUUAAUCCCCCGAACAAAAAUUUCUAAUAAGGGAAUAUAUAUAUAUAUAAAUGACAAUUAUUAUAACGAAAUCCCUAAAUAAUUUUGAUGAAUAUAAAGCAGCUUCCGUUUUUAAAAUAUAAAUUUCUUAUAUUAAAAUAAUUUUGCUUCUCAGUUUUACAUUAUUGGAAAUUUUUAAAAUUUAAAAAAUAAUUUAUUAAAAAACAUUAACCCCCUUCCUUAAACGAACAAAAGUUUUUGUUCGCCCACGGAAGGGGAGUUAGUGGAACCACAUGCAUUUGCAAAGGAACCCAAAAACUAACUGGAUCAACAUGUUCUUGUGAUGCAGGAUACUACUUUGAUGGAUCUACUUGUGUUCAAUGCUCAAGCCUGUGCGCCUCUUGCAACGAUUACACUGGUGAAUGCAAAUCUUGCAAAGAUUCGAAAAUGACUAUUGACCAAGCCAAUAAGAAGAACUGUAUAUGUAUUGGAGAUCAGACUCUUGACAAUGGAUCAUGCACUUGCCCUCCCCACCAAUUUAUUCAAAUUUAAAUUUAUUGUGCUUUCUAUACCACAGCUGCCUUAAAUACCACUUUAGGACGUAUGAGCCAUAUUCCUCCGGCCGGCCAAAUUGUGGCAUCCUGAAUUUGUUUUACGACAGAACGCCAGUUUUUAAUUUUGUUUGGGCUUCCCUGGCUCUUUUUUGAGCUUAGGCUAUCAACUAUUCAUUAUGCACCCGAAAGAUCCCAAUCUCUAUUGCCUGAGGUAGGUGGCAUCCUUCUGAAAAGUUCGAUUCCCUAAGCAGGAGUCAGGUAGGAAAUGCCACUCUCUCUUGUUUCCCUGAAAUAGUGUGGAUAAAUUCAUCAUGGAAGUUAAACCUCAUAGUUAAAAUGUACACAAGAAUUUUCGGUCAGGAGACCAGAGAAUUCGAACGACGCCAUAUUUCAAUUAUCCUUGCCCUAUCGGUCAACAAUUUAAUGGUGACAAAUGUUCUGACUCAUCCUCCUUAAAAUUGGAAAAUGAUAUCGGUAAAGUUUUCAUUUUUUGGUACCCCCCCUUUAAAUGGAACAAAAUUAUAAUUUUUACAAAUGAAAAUAAUAGCUUUUAUAUGCCAAGUUUUGGAUUUUAUAUUACUAGAAGAAUAUAUUAUUAUUGAAAUCUUUGUGCCUAAAUUGAUUAAUUUUUUAAAAAAACUUUAUAAAAAUAAAAUAAUUUGUUCUAUUUAUAUUUUUAAUCAAAAUAUGGCGUCAUUUAGAUAUUCUAUUCUCCGGACAGAAAUUCUUCCUUCUGCACUUUUUGCUUAUGAGGUUUGCUUCACCCAGUAAUUUAUCCUAGCAUUAUGGUAUAUUAUGACCAAGGGUGCGCGACCUUGGACGCCCAUUCCCAAGAACAGAGAAUUUCUGGAAGUGAGCUUAGUCUUAGUCUUAGUCUUAGUUAAAUUAUAGAGUAGCUCCCUGCCAGGACCGAAGGUCCUUUUCUUCCGCCUUUUGGACGCCUCGCUUGCUUUCCUUGCCCUGCUCCCAGUGUGCACCUAAGUGCCACAGGCUACCACUCAGCUCCUUCCGGUCAUGGGGCUUGGUCAUGCUAUCCCGGAAGUAGGCGGACUGGGUCACCAUGCUUCACGUCGCCAGACUAGGGUUAGAGCUAAGGAUUAACUCCUUAGCUCUUGUCGGCUCCUGCUAUGCCCUCCAAAUUGGCACUAACAGUCCCUAGAGGAAAAACCCUUUUUGCCCCGUGUCCUAUCGAGACGACCCUAGGAUCGUCACUGCUGGACUGGGAGGGAAACCUAGCCGGGAUCUGGAAGUGAGCUACCAACCCAGGUGGCGGAGAAUGGGACCUUUAUUAUGCCAAACGGACGCAAGCUGGCUUGUCUGAGAGCAAGAAGGAUUGCAGUCUAAAUCUGAGCACCAGAAGCCGAGGGACUAUUUCAAAUCAAGAACAGGUGGUAGAAGACGAUUGGUUGGACGGAAGCCGGCCUGAGUGAUGCGGUAUUGAAUGCUAAACGAAGGAAGACCCUUAGUCAAUUUAAUGUAUGUAUGCUCUAUUUAUAUUUUAAAUUUUAUUUUCAAACAUAGCAUCUUAAAUCAGAACAGGAUUUUUUUGUUCUAUCUAUAGGUGAGAGGGAUGAGUGCGGAACAUUUUGCAAUUCUUGCAGCAAAACUUCAGGAAUAAUAUGUAACAUUUGUAUUGAUUCUGUAAAGAUGCUUGCAGUUUCUGGAACUACUACUUGUUCAUGCAAAGGCGACCAAACUGCAACAGUAAGCGGCUGUUCCUGUCCUGCCGGAUAUUACUUUAAAGACACAAAAUGCACUCAAUGCGGUAGCUUAUGUUCUUUAUGUGCAGAUACAACAGGAAUUUGUAGCACCUGCAAAAAUGGUUCUACAAUGGAAGUAAACCCUAGCGACACCACAACUUGUAGGUGUAAAGGAACCCAGCAAUACAAUACCGCUUUAUCGGCUUGUGCUUGCCCUGUUGGCUAUUUUGAUAACGACACCUGUAAGAGCUGCACAACUCUUUGCUCGACCUGUGACUCCACCAAGUGUUUAACUUGCCAAUCAUAAAUAAAAUGGUAUUUAGAUUAGGAGAAAUUAGUGGAGAUAAUUUUUUCUCCUAAUCAAAUUUUAUUUAUCUUCGAGAACUUCUGGAUAGACUCACGGCUUAACUUUGGGGAUAGAACUACUCCACGCUGCAACAAGACUCUCAAAGUUUAUUAUAAAGCUAAUCUGAGGAGCAUGAAAUGCAGGAGAAAUGCGUGCAGGAGCUGAGCUGAGGAAAAUUAAAUUUAAAAUCUUGAGAUCUUACAGAUUUGAUGCCUCCAUGUGCUUUCGAACCAUCGGACUCUUACUUGUCAGCAGAAGAAUCAGUUGCCAGAGCUCCAUCAAUAACAGCUUUCUCCUAGAUAUAUGAGCUUACACUGCAUCCCUGAGCUUGACGGGUUUGAAAGACCCUCUGUGGUGAACAUCUUUUAGGCGUUAUAAAGGUAAUUCAGCGCGAUGCUUCCUGUUAGCCUCCUUCAGGUUGGAUGUCACCCAGGAAAAAUGAACCACACCCCUCCUAAACUGGCAAGAGACUCCAUAGAUCAUCUACCAAUACGUCCAUAUAGCAAGAUUAGGGUUAGAAUCAAAGAGUAUAAACCUUGGUCUAGGCUAUAAAGCCAUUUUGCACCCAAAGAGGGUCCUCAUCCACAAGUGAAUACUUUGUCUCCACAGUCAUAUUAAUUAUUAGCUGGGCAAAUGCGAUGGUAACGCUCCAGGUAAGAGGCGCUAAUCAAGAUGACGGGCGGCUUAUUUGGGAAUGCACAAUGUUUUGGAUGGAAAAUGCUUGUCAUGUCACCAUUUUGGCCCUGUCUCUUUUAGUAGAAGUGUGUGAUGAGCGUCUAAAUGCUCUACUCACUCACCCCGCCCCUCCUGGGCGAAAAAAAAAUACAUUAAAAAAUUACUAUUUUUGCUAAAAGCCCACCCUCCUUGAGCAAACAAAGCUUUUUUAUGAAAAAGUGUUGAUAUAUUAGUGAUAAUUAUAUAAUUGAACUUUCGAGAAAAUUUUUGAGCAUAUUGUAUUUUAAAACAUCAAUUUUGCAAAUUAAUUAAAUAUUUGCUAUCUAAUUUUGUAAAUUUGGUUUUUUAAAUUUCGAAAAAAAAGCCCCUCUCUGAGCGAAAGUUAAUGUGAUGAUAUGUUUAACUUGCCAAUCCAUUGACCAUCUUGUAGUUGACACCCAAAACCCUAAAAACUGUGUCUGUGCUAGCGGCUACAACUGGAUUACCGCUAAAAGCACUUGUGAACAAUGUUCUUCAGAUAUGUAUUACGAUGGCAACAAGUGUGCUAGCUGCGGAACUAAUUGCGCAACUUGUUAUGACGGGACUGGAGUUUGCAAAACCUGUAAGAGCUCAAGAAUGGAAAAAGGAAGUGACCCUACUAAAUGCAUUUGCAAAGGAACCCAAAAGUUAACCGGAUCUACAUGCUCUUGCGAUGCAGGGUACUACUUUGAUGGAGAUACAUGUGUUCAAUGCUCAGAUUUAUGCAGCACUUGUGAAGAUUUAACUGGAGUAUGUAAAACAUGUAAAGACUCGAAAUUAAUGACAUUCGACUCAAACGAUAAUAAAAAAUGCAAAUGUAUUGGAAACCAAGUUCGUAGCGGUGAUACUUGCACCUGUCCUAGCAACCAACAAUUCAACGGAAAUGGAUGCUCUACUUGCGGUGAAUUUUGUGAUACCUGUAAUGUCAAUUCUAAACUCUUCAUUCGUAAGCCAGUAAAACAUUUUGAAUAAGGGAACUUUUUAAACAGUAAAACUAAAAUUCAUAACUAAUUUAAUUGAAUUUUUUCCCCAAAAAAUAGGAGGAUAAUUCUAAUAAUUUCGUUUCCUUAGGAAGAGGGAUAGUAACGUAUGUAGCGCAUGUAUAGAUAUAAAUAAGAUGUCACCUGUGAGUGGUACUGUAACUUGUGCCUGCAAAGGGAAUCAACUUAAGACAAACGCCGGCUGUACUUGCCCGUCAGGCUCUUACUUUGAUAGCUCAACCUGCUCAACUUGCGGUGAUUUAUGCACUACAUGCACAGAUACAACUGGUGUCUGCACUGUCUGUAAAAGUGAUAAAAUGGAAGUUAACCCUACUAAUCAAAAAGUUUGUAGAUGCAAAGGAACUCAACAGUACAAUACCAUAACAUCCUCUUGCUACUGUCCUACUGGAUACUACGAUGGCACAACUUGUCAGAGUUGCACAACUCUUUGCUCAAACUGCGACUCGACCAAGUGUUUAACUUGCCAAGCUAUUGCCAACCUUAUAGUAGACCCUCAAAACCCAACUAACUGUAUCUGUGCCAGCGGAUACAAUUGGAUUACAGCAACGGGCAAGUGUGAACAAUGCUCUGUUGGAACUUACUACGAUGGUAACAAAUGUGCUAGCUGCGCUGCUAAUUGUGCAAGUUGCUAUGACGGGUCUGGAACUUGUAAAAUCUGUAAAGACCCUAAUAGGAUGGAUCUUAGCGGAACGAUAUGCACUUGCAAAGGAACCCAAAAACUAACUGGAUCAACAUGUUCUUGCGAUUCAGGCUAUUACUUUGACGGAUCUACUUGUGUCCAAUGCUCAAGCUUAUGCUCCUCUUGCUCAGAUUACACUGGCGAAUGCAAAACUUGCAAAGAUUCGAAAAUGACUAUUGACUCAGCCAAUAAGAAGAACUGUAUAUGUAUCGGAGACCAGGUACUUACUCACACCUUCCGUGAGUGAACAAAAAAUUUUGUUUAUUUCGGAGGAGGUUAAUUUUUUUUUGUAAAAAAUUUUAAAUAUAGAAUUAUAAAUUUUUUCCUAUGAAAAGCACCAUUUGGGCAUGAAUUGACCACGGGGUUGGGUUGCUUUUUUUGGUCCGACCAAAUUAAAAAUUUUUUAAUCAAUUUUUGGUCGGACCCAAAAAAAAGCAAUCCCGUAGCCAAUUCAUAGCCAAAUAGCGCUAUUCAUGGGAAAUGCUAUAUACAAAAUUAUUUUUCGAAAUUUUAAAAAAAAUCCUAAUUUACAAAAAUUGGAACUAAAAUAGUUUAAAAUUAAAUUUAGCUAGAUCUAGAUUUAAAUUAUACUAAUUAUCAUUUAUAUAUCGAAUUUUUGUUCACUCACGGAGGGUGGGUUUUUUGGACAAAAAAUAGCGAUUUUUCCAAUUAUUUUGUUUACUUUCGGAGGGGGAAUUAACAAUAAUAUGUGUACAUGCCCUGGAAGCAAACAAUUUAACGGAUCUGGAUGUUCUGAUUGCAGCACUUUCUGUUCAAAUUGCAAUGUUGGCUCUAAUACCUGCAACACUUGUUUAGAUGGAAACAGGAUGUCUCCUGUAAGCAACACUCUAACAUGUGCCUGCAAAGGAAAUCAAAUAGCAAAUAAUGAUGGUUGCGGUUGUCCUUCAGGCUCUUACUUUGAUAGCUCAACUUGCUCGACUUGCGGUGAUUUCUGCACUACAUGCACAGAUAUAUCUGGUGUCUGCACUGCCUGUAAAAGUGAUAAAAUGGAAGUUAACCCUACUAAUCAGAAAGUUUGUAGAUGCAAAGGAACUCAACAAUAUAGCUACACGCUAUCCUCCUGCUACUGCCCUACUGGAUACUACGAUGGUUCAACUUGUCAGAGUUGCACAACUCUUUGCUCGACCUGCGACUCGACUAAAUGUUUAACUUGUCAAGGUAUUGCAAACCUUAUAGUAGACCCUCAAAAUCCAACUAACUGUGUCUGUGCGAGCGGAUACAAUUGGAUUACAGAAUCGGGCAAGUGUGAACAAUGCUCUGUUGGAACUUAUUAUGAUGGUAACAAAUGUGUUGCCUGCUUAGAUAAUUGUGCAAGUUGUUACGAUAGAACUGGCUAUUGCAAAGCAUGCAACUCAAGAUUUACUCCAAGUACCAUCAACCCAGCUAAAUGCAUUUGCAAAGGAACCCAAAAAUUAACCGGAUCUAUAUGCUCUUGUGAUGUAGGGUACUACUUUGAUGGAGAUACAUGUGUUCAAUGCUCAGAUUUAUGCAGCACUUGUGAAGAUUUAACUGGAGUAUGUAAAACAUGUAAAGACUCGAAAUUAAUGGCAUUCGACUCAAACAAUAAUAAAAAAUGCAAAUGUAUUGGAGAUCAGAUUCUUAACGGUGAUACUUGCAGCUGCCCUAGCAACAAACAAUUCAAUGGACUUGGGUGUUCUAGUUGUGGUGAAUUUUGUAGUGCUUGUGAUGUUAAUAAUAUAGUCUGCAACACUUGUUUAGAUGGAAGCAAAAUGUCUCCUGUAAGCAACACUCUAACUUGUGCCUGCAAAGGGAAUCAGCUUAAAACAAAUACUGGCUGCACAUGUCCAUCAGGCUCUUACUUUGACAGCACAACUUGCUCGACUUGCGGUGAUUUCUGCACUACAUGCACAGAUACAACUGGUAUCUGCACUGUUUGUAAAGAUAGUAAAAUGGAGGUGGACCCUGCUAAUCAAAAAGUUUGCAGAUGUAAAGGAACUCAAAAAUAUAGCACCGUGUUGUCUUCUUGCUAUUGUCCAACUGGAUACUUCGAUGGCUCAACAUGCCAGAGUUGUACAACUCUUUGCUCGACCUGCGACUCGACUAAGUGUUUAACUUGCCAAGGUAUUGCAAACCUUAUAGUAGAUCCUCAAAACCCAACUAAUUGUGUCUGUGCGAGCGGCUACAAUUGGAUUACAGCAACGGGCAAGUGUGAUCAAUGCUCUGUUGGAACUUACUACGAUGGCAACAAAUGUGCUAGCUGUUCAGAUAAUUGUGCAAGUUGUUAUAACGGUAGUGGAUUUUGUGGUGUUUGCAAAGACUCAAGAAUGAUGAUAAGCACUAGCGAGCCAGCAAAAUGCAUUUGCAAAGGAACCCAAAAACUAACUGGAUCAACAUGUUCUUGCAAUGCAGGGUACUACUUUGACGGAUCUACUUGUGUCCAGUGCUCAAGCUUAUGCUCCUCUUGCUCCGAUUACACUGGCGAAUGUCUUUCUUGCAAAGAUUCGAAAAUGACUAUUGACCCAGCCAAUAAGAAGAACUGUAUAUGUAUUGGAGAUCAGAUACUUAACAAUAAUAUGUGUACAUGCUCUGGAAGUAAACAAUUCAACGGCGCUGGAUGUUCUGAUUGCAGCACUUUCUGUUCAAAUUGCAAUGUUGGCUCUAAUACCUGCAACACUUGUUUAGAUGGAAACAGGAUGUCUCCUGUAAGCAACACUCUAACUUGUGCCUGCAAAGGGAAUCAAAUAGUAACAAAUGCCGGUUGCAGUUGUCCUUCAGGCUCUUACUUUGAUAGCUCAACUUGCUCAACUUGCGGUGAUUUAUGCACUACAUGCACAGAUAUAUCUGGUGUCUGCACUGCUUGUAAGGAUAGUAAAAUGGAAGUUAACCCUACUAAUCAGAAAGUUUGUAGAUGCAAAGGAGCUCAACAGUACAAUACCAUAACAUCCUCUUGCUACUGUCCUACUGGAUACUACGAUGGCACAACUUGUCAGAGUUGCACAACUCUUUGCUCGACCUGCGACUCGACCAAGUGUUUAACUUGCCAAGGUAUUGCCAACCUUAUAGUAGACCCUCAAAACCCAACUAACUGUGUCUGUGCGAGCGGAUACAAUUGGAUUACAGCAACGGGCAAGUGUGAUCAAUGCUCUGUUGGAACUUAUUAUGAUGGUAAUAAAUGUGCUGCCUGCUCAGAUAAUUGUGCAAGCUGUUACGAUAGAACUGGUUAUUGCAAAGUAUGCAACUCAAGAUUUACUCCAAGUACCAUCAACCCAGCUAAAUGCAUUUGCAAAGGAGCCCAAAAGCUAACUGGAUCUACAUGCUCUUGUGAUGCAGGGUACUACUUUGAUGGAGAUACAUGUGUUCAAUGCUCAGAUUUAUGCAGCACUUGUGAAGAUUUAACUGGAGUAUGUAAAACAUGUAAAGACUCGAAAUUAAUGACAUUCGACUCAAACAAUAAUAAAAAAUGCAAAUGUAUUGGAGAUCAGAUUCUUAACGGUGAUACUUGCAGCUGCCCUAGCAACAAACAAUUCAAUGGUCUUGGGUGCUCUAGUUGUGGUGAAUUUUGUAGUGCUUGUGAUGUUAAUAAUAUAGUCUGCAACACUUGUUUAGAUGGAAACAAAAUGUCUCCUGUAAGCAACACUCUAACUUGUGCCUGCAAAGGGAAUCAACUUAAAACAAAUACUGGCUGCACAUGUCCGUCAGGCUCUUACUUUGACAGCACAACUUGCUCGACUUGCGGUGAUUUCUGCACUACAUGCACAGAUACAACUGGUGUCUGCACUGUUUGUAAAGAUAGUAAAAUGGAGGUGGACCCUGCUAAUCAAAAAGCUUGCAGAUGUAAAGGAACUCAAAAAUAUAGCACCGUGCUGUCUUCUUGCUAUUGUCCAACUGGAUACUUCGAUGGCUCAACAUGCCAGAGCUGCACAACUCUCUGCUCGACAUGCGACUCGACUAAGUGUUUAACUUGCCAAGGUAUUGCAAACCUUAUAGUAGACCCUCAAAACCCAACCAAUUGUGUCUGUGCGAGCGGCUACAAUUGGAUUACAGCAACGGGCAAGUGUGAUCAAUGCUCUGUUGGAACUUACUACGAUGGCAACAAAUGUGCUAGCUGUUCAGAUAAUUGUGCAAGUUGUUAUAACGGCAGUGGAUUUUGUGGUGUUUGCAAAGACUCAAGAAUGAUGAUAAGCACUAGCGAACCAGCAAAAUGCAUUUGCAAAGGAACCCAAAAACUAACUGGAUCAACAUGUUCUUGCGAUGCAGGGUACUACUUUGAUGGAUCUACUUGUGUCCAAUGCUCAAGCUUAUGCUCCUCUUGCUCUGAUUACACUGGUGAAUGCAAAACUUGCAAAGAUUCGAAAAUGACUAUUGAUCCAGCCAAUAAGAAGAACUGUAUAUGUAUCGGAGAUCAGAUACUUAACAAUAAUAUGUGUACAUGCGCUGGAGGCAAACAAUUUAACGGAUCUGGAUGUUCUGAUUGCAGCACUUUCUGUUCAAAUUGCAAUGUUGGCUCUAAUACCUGCAACACUUGUUUAGAUGGAAAUAAGAUGUCUCCUGUAAGCAACACUCUAACUUGUGCCUGCAAAGGGAAUCAAAUAGUAGCAAAUGCUGGUUGCAGUUGUCCUUCAGGCUCCUACUUUGAUAGCUCAACCUGCUCAACUUGCGGCGAUUUAUGCACUACAUGCACAGAUACAACUGGUAUCUGCACUGUCUGUAAAAGUGAUAAAAUGGAAGUUAACCCUACUAAUCAGAAAGUUUGUAGAUGCAAAGGAACUCAACAGUACAAUACCAUAACAUCCUCUUGCUACUGUCCUACUGGAUACUACGAUGGCACAACUUGUCAGAGUUGCACAACUCUUUGCUCGACCUGUGACUCGACUAAAUGUUUAACUUGUCAAGGUAUUGCAAACCUUAUAGUAGACCCUCAAAACCCAACUAACUGUGUCUGUGCCAGCGGAUACAAUUGGAUUACAGAAUCGGGCAAGUGUGAACAAUGCUCUGUUGGAACUUACUACGAUGGCAACAAAUGUGCUAGCUGCGCUGCUAAUUGUGCAAGCUGUUAUAACGGGUCUGGAAUUUGUAAAAUCUGUAAAGACCCUAAUAGAAUGGAUCUUAGUGGAACGACAUGCACUUGCAAAGGAACCCAAAAACUAACUGGAUCAACAUGUUCUUGCGAUGCAGGGUACUACUUUGACGGAUCUACUUGUGUCCAAUGCUCAAGCUUAUGCUCCUCUUGCUCAGAUUACACUGGUGAAUGCAAAACUUGCAAAGAUUCGAAAAUGACUAUUGACUCAGCCAAUAAGAAGAACUGUAUAUGUAUCGGAGAUCAGGUACUUAACAAUAAUAUGUGUACAUGCCCUGGAAGCAAACAAUUCAACGGAUCUGGAUGUUCUGAUUGCAGCACUUUCUGUUCAAAUUGCAAUGUUGGCUCUAAUACCUGCAACACUUGUUUAGAUGGAAACAGGAUGUCUCCUGUAAGCAACACUCUAACUUGUGCCUGCAAAGGGAAUCAAAUAGCAACUAAUGAUGGUUGCAGUUGUCCUUCAGGCUCUUACUUUGAUAGCUCAACUUGCUCGACUUGCGGCGAUUUAUGCACUACAUGCACAGAUACAACUGGUGUCUGCACUGUCUGUAAAAGUGAUAAAAUGGAAGUUAACCCUACUAAUCAGAAAGUUUGUAGAUGCAAAGGAACUCAACAGUACAAUACCGUAACAUCCUCUUGCUACUGCCCUACUGGAUACUACGACGGUUCAACUUGUCAGAGUUGCACAACUCUUUGCUCGACCUGCGACUCGACUAAAUGUUUAACUUGUCAAGGUAUUGCAAACCUUAUAGUAGACCCUCAAAAUCCAACUAACUGUGUUUGUGCCAGCGGAUACAAUUGGAUUACAGCAACGGGCAAGUGUGAACAAUGCUCUGUUGGAACUUAUUAUGAUGGUAACAAAUGUGCUGCCUGCUCAGAUAAUUGUGCAAGCUGUUACGAUAGAACUGGUUAUUGCAAAGCAUGCAACUCAAGAUUUACUCCAAGUACCAUCAACCCAGCUAAAUGCAUUUGCAAAGGAACUCAAAAAUUAACUGGAUCUACAUGCUCUUGUGAUGCAGGGUACUACUUUGAUGGAGAUACAUGUGUUCAAUGCUCAGAUUUAUGCAGCACUUGUGAAGAUUUAACUGGAGUAUGUAAAACAUGUAAAGACUCGAAAUUAAUGACAUUCGACUCAAACAAUAAUAAAAAAUGCAAAUGUAUUGGAGAUCAGAUUCUUAGCGGUGAUACUUGCAGCUGCCCUAGCAACAAACAAUUCAAUGGUCUUGGGUGCUCUAGUUGUGGUGAAUUUUGUAGUGCUUGUGAUGUUAGUAAUAUAAUCUGCAACACUUGUUUAGAUGGAAACAAAAUGUCUCCUGUAAGCAACACUCUAACUUGUGCCUGCAAAGGGAAUCAACUUAAAACAAAUAUCUGGCUGCACAUGUCCGUCAGGCUCUUACUUUGACAGCACAACUUGCUCGGCUUGCGGUGAUUUCUGCACUACAUGCACAGACACAACUGGUAUCUGCACUGUUUGUAA